AGGGGUCCAGGCAUGGAGAGGGCGCAGUACCGCGCUAUCCUCCGUAUCGUUGACACGGACGUCGAGCGGAAAGAGUGCGGCGAGAAAGAAAGAGGGAUCGAGGAGAGGAAGAGAGAGAGAGAGAGAGAGACCAUUGCGCGAUCUCGCGCUCGCUCACACCAAUUGACGUAAUUGCGUGAAUAAUAAUACCGUCUGUCUGAUUUAUAUCGUGUCCGUCCUCGGUGUCUGUGGAUAACUUCCGGCCCGCGACGUUUCGGCCUCGCGAACGCGGUCAGUGGCGUUGAGACUCUCGAUGAUCUAUCGGUGAUCAUCCGUGAUCCGGCGUAGAUCAUUCGAGUGGUGAACGUUUCUCCGCGAGUGAAAUUUGGUGAAUUUGUCUCGUGUGCCUGCCCCAAGGUAUCCGGCUGCCGUGUGACCAUGUUGGCAGCGUUUCUAUUCGCCGCGGCGCUCGCCGUCGCGAGGAUCCACGCUAGCCAGGUGACGAUGGACGCCAAGAUACGUGACGACUCCGACCUGUCCCAGUUUUACCAACUCCUGGAAGCCAGUCAAGUAGCCAAUACUACCCUCACGUAUCGCCAUGUGACCGUGUUUGCACCGACUAAUCGAGCAUUUCAAAAGUACAAUGGGAGUUUGAAGAACUUGGUUUUGUAUCACAUGUCAAAUCGGCCUUUGACGAUCGAGGAAUUGAGGGAUUCGAUAUCCUCCGAGUUGGAGGGCAAUCCGCCCCUGUGGAUUACUAGGAGACCAGGCAGAUACGGCAGCUGGAACGUGUACAUCAACAACGCAAUGAUCCUCUUGGAACAGAGCAAUUUCCAAUCAAAGCUGAAAGUCAAUGGCGAUACCAUGAUUCAGGUCCUGCACAUCAUAAACGAGGUGCUGGAGCCGGUGCGAUCUAAUUCGGCGGAAUCGCCGAUCUACAAUCCCAACGCAUUUCAAUUUCUGAACCAGAGUGAGAAUCUCAAUUUGGGCGACCAUCGCGUGCGUACCUUCCGACAGCGGAUCAUCAUCGAGCAGAAGGAACAUAUCUUCAAGGCCGAGGGUCGUUAUACCUUUUUCAUCCCCGUUGAUGAGGGUUUCAAGCCGGAGCCGAGGCCGCAGAAGAUCGAUCAGCUGGUGAUCGACGGCCACGUAUUACCCAACGAGGUCCUCUUCACCGCGCCGACGCCGGAGAAAGUGCCGUAUCCGACCCUCGUGUUCUCCGACAAUCUGAGAGUCGUCGUCAGCUUCCUCAAAUCGCAAAAUAAAGUCUACGUGCAGUCGGACACAUUGGUGGGCGAUGCGUCUCAUCAACCAGGUGUGGUGCUGGCGGAGAUAGUGAAGGCGAACAUUCCUGUACGCAACGGCGUCGUUCACCUGAUACAACGGCCACUCAUGGUCGUUGACAGCACCGUGAAGGAUUUCCUGGAGUCCUUCAAGGGCAUCGAAAAGGAAGACGGGCCAGUGUACAAGUUUUACGAGACCAUCCGCGAUUUCGGGGACGAGAUUAUGAGCUCCAUCAGUCAUCUGAAUGAUGUUACCCUGUUUGCGCCCAGCAACGACGCAUUGGACGAGCCGGGUGUGAAGCAGAUGCUGCAGGACAAGAACCGUAUGAAGGACAUCCUCAAGCUCCACUACGUCAAAGAGCGACUGACUCUCGAAAAGAUCAAGGACAGAAGCGUCAGCCAGACCAAAACCGUAUUCGGCGGGAAGCCGCAUCUCGGGGUACCGACCGCCGCUGACAAAAAGAAGCUCUACUUCAACGUGGUGCAAGGACCAAGGGAGAACCAAACCGUCACCGUGGAGGGCGGCGGCGUGAACGCCACCAUCAUCACCCCCAACAUCGCCGCUACUAAUGGGAUUAUUCACAUAAUCGACAGGCUUCUCGGGGUCCCCUAUACUACUGUUCUCGACAAACUCAGGACCGAUCCGAUGCUCAACUCGACUUACUUGCUGGGCCAACGGCGCGGAUUUAACGAUCAGCUGAACGAUACGACAAAGCGAUUUACGUACUUCGCCCCGCUCGAUUACGCCUGGAGAGACGCGGCGAAUAAUUAUCCGUCGACCACCAAGAAACUCUUCAUGCCCGAGUACAGUUAUCACACAAAGCAGAUAUUGGAGCGACACCUCGUAAUAGCGGAUCAGGCGUACACGAUGGCGAAGCUGAAGGAGAUGAGCAACGACACGAUUUUCCUACCUUCAGUCAGGGACAAUCUGAAGCUUCGCGUCAAGGAGUAUGGCGAAACUGAGAGGUACGACGAAAACGCAAUCCGUCCAGAAACAUCCGGUUACCAUCUAGAAUGGGAGGGCAAGAGGAUCCGCGUCAUCCGUCCGGAUGUCGAAUGCACCAACGGCAUCAUCCACGUGAUCAACGCAGUAUUCCUCAAGGACAGCGACGUCCGGGUGACGGGCGGCGCGUCGUUGGCUACCCUCGCGCCUCACUUAAUCAUGAUACUGAUAGCCAAGUGGCACCUGUAAAAACCCUCAUCGCCGCAUCGCAUCGUCGUAGAAAUUCUUCUUGGGAGCCGUCUGCGAUUACCCUCGAACGACGACGACGACGAUGACGACGACGACGACGCAACGCGGGAAGGCACGGCGGGUAGGCACAGUCGAUCGUCCAGUUCGAUCGGACUCUCUGAAAAGACGUUUGUUGUGCACGAGGGGGGGGGGGGAGGGAAGAAGGAUCAAAGGCAGAGGACAGGAGAAAAUCGCGAGAAUCCUUGGAUCCAUUGGUAACUGAUAAUCCGCGAGAUCAGAGAUCGACGGGACCUAAACGAUUCGGGGAUUCGCGGGAACCGGAGAUCCGAGGAUUCGUUCGCGUACGUGGGGGAUCGCUGAUCUGCAGAUGUGUAAGAGGGGGGGGGGGGAGGGGCAAAAAGAAAGGUGUCCGUUCGGUUGAAUUAGCGAUCGUACGGAGCAGGUACGCAAGGAGCUUUCGCCGAGGAAAACGACGGGAGGACGACCGAGCACUCGCGAUCGUACGGCCUCACAACGCCAGGAUAGCCUAUUAUUUAUUGAGUAAAUCGUCCGUGGACGGUAGCGAGACAACUUUACGGGUUAGGAGCGUUAAUCGUACCAAAUAAAUGGUUAAUCUCGUACCAAGUAAUCUAAAUAAAUUUAUCGAGAGACGAGGGGGCGGGGGCGUGAAGAGGUAGAGAUUUCGAGGAACCUACUUCGAGUGCAACGACGAUAUUACAUCCUAUGAGAUCACUGCAACUAUCAGCGAGCAACGCGUAUAUGCAAAUAAAAUCGCGCUUCAACCGUCGAUCGUUUUCCCUCCAUUAUUCCACUCAAAUGUCGAAUUGGGAAAAAUUGUCCGAGUCCGCGUCGUUGCGAACAAAAAGUUUGCGAGUAUACUGGCGUACGAAUCAGAUAAUCGAUCGAUCGGGGUAAUCGUGCGAUUUAAUUGCAUGUUUUGCGCGCGCCAAAUUUUAUAGAAUUAAUAAGAACUUAAUAUCUUAUAGCGAUAUAUUUCGCAUAACCCUUAAAGCAAGACUUUGCGAUUCCCUGAGGGAAUUGCACGAUUUUAUAUGACACGUACGAUUUUAUACAAUCGUAAAGUCCGAAAUCCUUUCCCUCCAAAGCGACGACAGUAAUAAAACUAAGCGCAAUAUAUGUGUAACGCUUAUCAACCCUUUUCAAUUAAUGACGGUAAAAGUCGAAACGCAAUAUCAAUUGUGUCGAAUAAUUAGCGAGGCGAAUAAGUAAGCGCUUCCGGAAUAAAGGGAUCUAUCCCGAAACUUGCCGUCUCGGAAUUCACCGACUUCAGGAUUCCGUGUAUUUUUUUCCGGAUUCUUCAAUUCUCCCGGAGAACGAGACGGUCGGAUUUCUCAAAUUUCAGAACGCCCGUGGAUUUUCGAUUUCCAGACGUAUUUUCGGACAGACUAGACUUUCGAGUCUCAAGCUCUUUAGAUCCACAGCCGAUCGAUCAAUCUAACAUCGAUUCGCGUUUGUAGGUCAAGAACCGACAAACAGACUGACAGACAGACAGACGUGUAAAAACACAGCAAUCUCGGUAUGGCAAUACAGCGAACGUAUCUCGGGGCGCGAACGGGGUGGACAUUUAACUCCUUUCCUCCCCCCUAUUAAAACCCAACGUAAUGUUAUAAUCUUUAAGAGACGUGUUUUUUCGAGCCUUUCGUCACAGCGGUUAACGACCGCUGCGGCUGCUCAGGGACGGUCUCGAACGAUACCCCGCUCUAUGUAUCAUAUCGUAUUUACUCUGUCUACUUACCGAGAAUACUGCCAUGCACGCGGGCUUGCGGAUGAGCUUGCGAAACGAGUUUUUGUAUGAUAAUUGUUAACGGAAGGAAAGAGCGAAAGGUAGGGGAAGAUAAAGGGCGAUUCUUGAAAAAAAAAUAAAUAGGUUCGUUAAGCUGUUACUCGAGAAUCCAAAAGAAAUAAAGUGUCUUGAAUCAUGGAUGCGCAAGGAGCAGAAGAGAAAACGUUUUUGGCAUUUCUAGCUUCUAUUACUUUUGUAAAUUUAUAACAGAAUAUUCCCUUAAUCUUCUCGUGUCAUCUAGAAUAUGGUAGCUUUUCAAAGAGGACUGACAGGACUCCAUUCUGUGGAAUAAAAUAUAAUAAGAUCGUACAUGAGGAAAGAGAUUUGUGCUUCAUAUCUUAAUACUUGUUAAAGAAUUAAACUAAGAGUAAAACUAGCGGGAGAUCGCUGAGCUAAUUUCCGACGAGAAACUCGUCCGCAGAAGGAGCGCCUGUUAAUCCGUUUUGAUUCGCUAAUUUUUUUUUUUUUUUACGAAGAGACAUUCCGUGACCAUAUCUACUCUCGGUGCCCAGCACGCGCUAUCGCUCUAUCGUAAUAACUACAUCCCGAUGAACUUUCUUUUCCCUUCCACGUUCACGCUCAUCGCAUUACCACAGACACACGUACAGGCACACCGCAUACAUACACGCACACCUUGCCCGUCUGAGUAGCGAACUUAACCAUUAAGAUCUUAGCUGUAUGCGUGCAAGGCGAGGGCCUAUCUUGGAAAGAAAGUUCGAAGGACGCGGCUAAAAGGAAACUGAUAUAGGGUCAGAAACGGAAAUCAAAUGAAAUCCGGGUCGAAAUGCGCGGGGAUCAACUCUUUCGCUGAUCAAAGUCUCCAGCUGAAGUUCUUGUUUCGUCGCGAAAAGAGGGUAAGUGAACGCAUCCCCGAGCAACCUUUCGAUAGACGUAACACAAAUGGAUCUUUGAUACAUGCAAAUAUAUUUCCCACAUGUAUACCGUUUUAAUCCUGACGCGCAUCGCGUGUGAGUUUUGACUCGUGUAAUAUUAUUGAAUUUUUAAAUAUCCGCAUAUCUUGGAAACGAUGUGAAAUCCAAAGAGAGAAGAGAAGUAGCAGAACUUUAUUCGUCAAUUAAUCGAACAUUCCCUUAGCGAGCAUUCUCGCGCAAGCUUAUCUACCGAGGAAUUGAAUAUUAAAGGAUAAUGAAUAUUAAAGAACAAACGGAGCUUUCCAAUUAGCCAUCCUCGCUAAGGAAAAAUCGAUUUCACAUUCUAUCACGAAUGAAGUCCUACUGCAGACGCUACUACGCUUGCUUGUAGCAUAAACAAGUUAAAGUAAAGAAGAGAAAUGAGUACGCGGCACGGAACAUGUUCGUAGCUCGAAGAGGGGGAUAAAAUCUCCUCGAAAUUUCCUCGUGUCCUCCUCGAAGAGGAAUCGAAGGCAAAUUCGGCAAGAGACGCGCAAGAUAGUUCACGUUCAACUGAUAAAACGCCGAAACCUAAAUGAAAGACAAUUGACUGAUCGGAUCGUCGUUAAGUUUCGCAACACGGUCCGAUUACUUGUUUGCAUUAGUCACGUAUUUAAAAAAAAAAGAAAGAGAUUGUAAUUAGCAAACGCGUAAUCGGAGCAGCCACAACCUUCUCCGCGAGAAAACUCGAUUUAACAUGAAAAAAAAAGACGUCGAUGUUAUACGUGUUGAUAUCAGUCUAUACAUAUAUAUAAAACAAAGAUAUAUAAUAAACAGAGAUAUAUAUUAAUGAGGAAGAAAGUAUCGAUCGAAGAAUAGAACGAGAGUCAGGGGAAAGGAAGAGGGAGGUAAAAAAAAAGAAUGAUAGAGAAAAGAAACAAAAUACUAUCAGAUGAUAACUUAAACUUGUUGUUGGGAUGAAUUGAUAUUACGAAUUAUUAUUAUUAUUACGAUUAUUAUCUAUAUAAAAUAUACAUAAACUCUAAUUAACACUGUUUGCUCGUUAGAUGAACCAAGAAAAAGGAAAAAAAAAUAGCGAAACUCUAUUUCUCCGUGUAGAUGUGUCUUAAUGUUCAGCUUGUUCGACAGCCACGCAACCGACAGUGAGUGAGCUGGGUUCGGGGCUGCCAUAAGUCGAAGGGGGAUGUUCGAGUCGGUACGCGGGAGACGAGAUCAAGCGGACUGCCACGCGAGACUUAAAAAAAAAAAAUUCUUCACGCUCAUAGAGCGAAAAGAAUGACGUACGGGAAAAAGAAGCACACACGCCGCCGGUGUUGUUACUAAUAAUGUUACAAAAGGGCCAUAAAUUGUUGAGAAACGGAAAAUCGAUCGCCGUCCAGAAUAAGCCAGACGAAUUUUACAGAUAAACGUUAUAAAAAAAAAACGUAUAUUUUGUCACACAUUACAAAAUCUUCAGAUUGAUGUGCAUCGAUAUUCUUGAAACAAAUAGAGAUUCGAUCGUAAUUUUUUAAAUUAUACUUCUCAUCUGGAUUUCGCGGAUGGUGAUCGACUGGUCCAAUGAAAAAAAAAAAA